GUUGAUCCUGUGGUUCCCUCCCACCACCUUCAAGCAUGUAUAUAAAUUGUCAGCUCUUCAGACCCUUUGCCAGUUCUCUCUUUUAGACUUGCCAGAAGCAACAGAGGACUAAAGAUGAAGAUCUUCUUCUUAUUCACCUUUCUGAUUUUUUUGUUGUCUGCUUUUGAACAAGCAGCUGCUUUUGCUCACUAUGACAAGAUUUUAACUCACAGUCGAAUAAGGGCACGCGACCAGGGCCCAAACGUCUGUGCUCUUCAGCAAGUUAUGGGAACAAAAAAAAAAUACUUCAGCACUUGCAGAAACUGGUACCAGCAAUCCAUCUGUGGAAAGAAAGCAACUGUCUUAUAUGAGUGUUGCCCUGGCUAUAUGAAGAUGGAUGGUACGAGAGGAUGUCCUGCAGUUGCUCCUAUUGAUCAUGUAUAUGGUACACUUGGUAUUGUGGGAGCUACCACCACCCAGCGCUACUCUGACAUGUCAAAGCUGAGAGAAGAGAUUGAGGGACGAGGAUCUUUCACUUUCUUUGCACCAAGCAAUGAAGCCUGGGACCAAUUAGAUUCAGAAACUCACAGGAAUUUGGUUGACAAUGUAAAUAUUGAACUGUAUAAUUCUCUCCACCACCACAUGUUAAACAAGCGCAUGUUGACAAAAGAUCUUAAGAAUGGCAUGACCCUGGUGUCUAUGUAUAAUGGCCAGAAAUUGUUUAUUAACCAUUAUCCCAAUGGGGUUGUUACUGUUAACUGUGCCAGGAUCAUCCAUGGCAACCAAAUUGCUACCAAUGGGGUUGUCCAUGUCAUUGAUCGUGUCCUGACUUCUGUUGCAAAUACCAUUCAAGAUUUCAUUGAAUUCGAGGAUGAUCUUUCAUCAUUUAGAGCUCCUGCCAUUACAUCAGGUGUCAUGGAUAUUCUUGGAAGACCUGGUCAUUACACAAUCUUUGCUCCUACUAAUGAAGCUUUUGAGAAACUUCCAAGGGGAGUUUUAGAAAGAAUCAUGGGUGACAAGGUGGCCUCUGAAGCUCUUGUGAAGUUCCAUAUAUUAAAUACUCUCCAGUGCUCUGAAGCCAUCACAGGUGGAGCUGUCUAUGAAACCUUGGAAGGAAACACUGUUGAAGUUGGCUGUGAUGGAGAGAGUCUGACUGUGAAUGGAGUGAAAAUGGUGAAACGCAAAGAUAUUGUGAGAAGCAAUGGUGUUAUCCACCUCAUUGAUCAAGUGCUAAUUCCUGAUUCUGCCAAACAAGUCAUUGAGCUUGGGGGUGCUCAGCAGACUACAUUCACGGACCUGGUGGCACAGCUAGGUCUGGCAUCUUCUCUAAGGCCAGAAGGCCAAUACACUCUCCUGGCACCUCUGAAUGGUGCUUUCUCAGAUGACACCUUAAGGCUGGAUCAACGUCUUCUUAAAACAAUCCUGCAGAAUCACAUUAUAAAAGUGAAAGUUGGGCUCAAUGAACUCUACAAUGGACAAGAGCUGGAAACAAUUGGAGGAAAACUACUUAGAGUCUUUGUGUAUCGCACAGCUGUAUGUAUUGAAAAUUCAUGCAUGGUCAGAGGAAGCAAAGAAGGAAGAAAUGGUUUUAUUCACGUCUUCAGACAGAUCAUCAAUCCAGCAGAAAAGAGUUUGCAUGAGAUGCUGAGAAAUGAUAAGCGGUUUAGCAUUUUCCUCAGUCUGGUGAAAGCUGCAGAUUUGGAUGAUGUUCUAUCACGGCCUGGACAGUGGACUCUGUUUGUCCCAACUAAUGAUGCCUUUAAAGGUUUGACUGACGAUGACAAGGACAUACUGAUAAGAGACAAAAAUGCUCUCAGGAAUAUUCUUCUUUACCACUUGACACAAGGAGUUUUCAUCGGAAGUGGCUUUGAGCCUGGUGUAACAAAUAUUCUUAAAACCAUCCAAGGAGGCAAACUCUACUUGAAAACAGUGAAUGAUACUCUUCUGGUUAAUGAACUGAAAUCAAGAGAAUCUGAUCUCAUGGCAACAAAUGGUGUCAUUCAUGUCAUUGACAAACUCCUAUAUCCAGCAGAACUGCCUGUUGGAAAUGAUCAGCUGCUCACAAUACUGAAGAAGUUGAUUAAAUACAUUCAAAUUAAGUUUGUUCGUGACAGUACCUUCAAAGAGAUUCCACUGACAUUUUACAAAAUUAACAUAAUUGAAAGCAACGUCCAGCCUAUCAUCACAAAGGAAGACCCAUCUAUCACACAGCUCACUAAAUUAAUUGAAGGGGAACCUGAGUUCAAAAUAGUCAGGGAAGGAGAGACAAUAACUAAAGUGAUUCAUGGAGGUCCUGAAAUAAAAUAUACCAGAAUAACUGCAGGAGGUUCAGACAAUGAAGAGAAGUUAAAGAAAAUCCUUGAAGAAGAGGUUACCAAAGUGACCAAAUUUAUUGAAGGUGAUGGUCAUUUACUGGAAGAUGAAGAAAUCAAAAGACUUCUGCAGGGAGCUGGAACUGAGUACACCAAGGUUACUAAAGUAAUUGAGGGAGAGCCACAGAUUAUCGAGAGAGAAAUCAAGAAAGUUCAUCUGGAAGGUUAGUUUGUCAAAAUUCAGUAUCACUAAGACCUGCUUUGUCCAAAGUGAUCAUUCCAGGUGAGGUUUUACAGUAUCUAUUCAUAAAAAUUAUUAGGUCUGAAGCCAGCAUUUUAGCAAGAAGUGUUUUAUAAUUGUUUUGGAAAAGAAUUUUUUCACUGAUGUUGCAAAGAAAACGUUGAGGCUUAUCUUGUGGCUAAAAGUAACUAAAAGGUUUGGCAAGCAUAGUAGACAAGAGGAAAUGCCUAACCACAAAGCUUAGGUAAAACAUUUGAAGGAACAUGAACCAUAAAGGAUUUACCUUUCUUUAAGCAGCACAUACAGAAGAAGACCACGUGAGUUGCUUUUAACUUGAGUUAUUUCUUGUCAGUGUAAAUGUGAUCUGUUGCUGCCAGGGUUUCUCAGAGUUGUGAAGGAGUGGGUGGGGUGCAGGGAAUAUAACCUCUGAGGUUGAGUAAAUAUCUCACAGGGUCUUGGAAUUUCUCUACCUUUGUCCUGUUGUUAAAUGAGGGAAACUCUUGAUUUCAAAUAGCAGAAUGGAAUAAAGGUCCAAAAGGAGUCAAAUGGAAUUCACUCUGCCUUUGUACCAGCAAUUUGUUCUUUGACUUCAACAACCAUUGUUUAAUGAUCUUCAUUCAAAGUUAAGAAGUAAUUUGCUUAGGGCUUCUUUUGCAUUUAUGUCUUUUUGUAAUUCUAAUUAUGCAGAAUAGGUUAGUCUGUCAGCCUUUGAACUAAAUACGUAGGAGAAAAUAUGUCUUUUGGACAGUGAAAUUAAAUAAAUGUGUUUCUGCCUUCUUAAUUUUGAAGUCUGUGCCAAGUAAUGAAGGUUUAUACGUAGUGUUUGUACAGCUCCAGUGCUGAAUACUACAAGGCAUGCUGGGGAGUCUCCUAUUGCCUGAAAAUGACAGAUGGGUGUGAUCUUCAAACAAGGCUUAUCUGAAAGCAUAAUUGUAUAGACAUCACCUACGUAUGGAAAGCACACUUUGGAUGGACCAUAUUCUGUCCUUGUCAGGGCAGUGCAGAGCUGGGAAUUUUCUGCCAUGGUGGUGCAGAUACCCACUGUUUAGUCUCAGCUGGAAUGAGGCCAAGCCUGCAUCUCAGGGCUAUGCAUUUAUAUACCCUGUACAUCAGGAUGAAAAGAGAACUGGCUGCAGCUUGUUAAGUGAAUAUAGAAGUACUUCAUGGCUGCAAAGAAGGAAAAAUUACUGCAGUAAAAUUUCUGUGAUGGUAACAGAAGAACUAUUUCUUACGCUUGUGAUGUGUUCUUCCUCCCAACAAGGAGACAUCUGGUUAAAAAGUCUCAAGAUUUGAUGAGAAAAAGAAAAACAAGUCCAUAGUUUCACUGAAUAAGUGAAAUAAAAAGGAUAUAUCUAUUGGGGGGAGGUACCUAUCCAAUAGCCUUGGCUCUGGCUCCACCUUUUAAAGCUGAAGCCUGAGAAAAUUAACUGAACAAUAAAUGUGGCAUCGUACUGUGCCAAAUCAAGUUACAAAUCAAGCCCCAAACACAGCUGGAAGUAUGGCCAAUAUCUUGUAAUGGUUCCAAGAAUUUAAUUCCUGAAGUAAUGUCAUUGCAACAGACCUGGACAUCUGCUGCCAAAAGCUGAGACUGAGUCCUGUGCCUUAACCUGAGCUUGUACUUCAGUGACACAGUGUCACAUGGUGUUUCAUGAGUGAAGAGCAUAGGCAAAAUGCCCUGGCACCUGCCUACAUUAUGUAACCAUCUGCAGAAGAUCAGUGUGGAUAAUGGGUUAAUUCAUAGGUUUAAAAUGCAAAUACGCUUUUAAAAUGUUACUAAGAUUUAAUGGAUGACUGCAUGUGAGAGUAAUGUGUGAAUUGUAUUAUAAGCAUUCAUGUUUCAGGUGAUCAAGCCAACAUGCUUCUGGAACAAAAUUCUUAGUUUAGUGAAAAAUUUAUAGAACAAACUUCAAAAGUCAUCAAUGAGUUUCCAAUAUUUCUAAUGAAUUUUAAUUCAAAGGCAGCAGCAAAUAACUUCUG